AUGUCACCUUUCUUAUCUCCCUUUCUUCUUCAUUUCAUUUCCUGUCACCUGAUUUAUCCUCCCUUUCUUCUUCAUUUAAUUUCUUGUCACCUGACUAUAUCCCUUUCUUCUUCAUUUCAUUUCCUGUCACCUGAUUAUAUCCCUUUCUUCUUCAUUUCAUUUCCUUCACCUGAUUAUAUCCUUUCUUCUUCAUUUCAUUUCCUGUCACCUGACUAUAUCCUUUCUUCUUCUUUUUUCAUUUCCUUCACCUUCUGUCCCUUUCUUCUUCCUUUCAUUUCCUGUCACUUUAUAUCCCAUUCUUCUUCCUUUCAUUUCCUGUCACCUUUUAUAUCCCCCUCUUCUUCAUUUCUUUCCUUUCACCUGAUUAUUCCCUUUCUUCUUCAUUUCAUUUCUGUCUUAUAUCCCUUUCUUCUUCUUUCAUUUUUUAUCCCUUUCUUCUUCAUUUCAUUUCUCUCACCUGAUUAUCCUUUCUUCCCUUCUUCUUUUUCAUUUCUCCACCUGAUUUAUCCCUUUCUUCUUCUUUUCAUUUCCUGUCACCUGAUUAUCUCCCUUUCUUCUUCAUUUCAUUUCCUGUCACCUUUUUUUCUCCUUUCCUUCUUCUUUUCAUUUCCUGUCACCUGA